GCUGAUUGGUGGUCCCAGGGCUUGGCCAGCUGCCCAAGGCCAGGAGGGAAGAGAGAGAUCCCAGGACAAAAGUGCAGCAGGCCCCUGAGCAUGUGUAGAAAUGUCAUCAGUUCCACCUACAAAGACUUGGUGGAAAUCAAAGAAGACAGUAAAAGUCACAAGAUCCUAUCCAACCUUCCCUUCCCUGACUGCCUGGGAAGAAUUCAGGGGCCUCUUGCGUGUGGAUGGGGAACCGAAUCCUGGAGUAGGCCUAGGUGUGGAGGAAGGACUGCUCUGCCAGAAGGUUCAUUCUCCAGAAUUCAACCUGUUUCCUGACUCAGUGGUGUUUGAAAGCAAUUUUGUCCAGGUCAAAAGGAGCAGGAAUUGGAUAGACAUCUACAAGGCCUCCUACACCAUGGCCCUUGGAGUGACCUCCUCUGUGCCCUGCCUGCCCCUUCCCAACAUCCUCCUCAUGGCCAGUGUCAAAUGGCACCAGGGGCAAAGCCAGACAUGGAACAGACCAUCUAUUGCCCCAAACAUCAUCCUGAAGAGGAUUCUCCCAUUGAAGUUUGUGGAGCUCCAGGUCUGUGACCGCCUUCAACGCAUCCUGCGGUUGAGGACAGUCACUGAGAAGAUCUAUUACUUAAAGCUCCACCCCAACCAUCCUGAGUGUGUCUUCCACUUCUGGACCCGACUGGUUCAAAUUCUGCAGAAAGGUCUGUCCAUCACCACCAAAGACCCUAAUAUUCUUGUCACUCACUGCCUGGUACCCAAGAACUGCUGCAACCCCUCAGGAGACGCUAAGUUAGUACAGAAGAAACUCCAAGUCUCCCACCCCAGUGAGAGCCUUAUUCAACUAAUGGCCAAGGGGGAGAGUGAAGCCCUCUCUCAGAUUUUUGCCGACUUGCACCAGCAGAACCAGUUCAGUUUCAGGAGCAGCAAAAAGUUGGAGACCAACAAAGACAGCUCAGAGAAAGAUACUCCCUACAAAGAGGAAGACAGCAUCCCUUGUACCCGCGACCUCCGUUGGAGGGAUUCGUUCAUGUACGGAGAGUGGGAAAGAGAGAACCCCUCUGGGCCGCAGCCCCUCUCACUCCUCAGCACCCUGGCAGCCUCCACCAGGCCACAGCUGGCCCCACCCAUAGGCAAUUCUAUCUGAGCUACCCUUUCAUGCUGGGGAGAAUGUAUGCAGCCCUCACCAACACCACUCUGCAGCAUUCAGCUCCUGAGGGGCUGUUUGGCUGGAGAGGAGGAGAAAGCUAUAACCAAGGGAAACUUGGAACCAUCUCACGGUGACAUCAGAGCCUUUCCUCAUUCCAGCUGUUUGUAACUUCAGCACCGCACCUCAGCACAGCCCACCUCCAUCCCGCAGCCAGAGUGGGCGCAGGAAGAUGUGCUCUCAGAACUCAUCUGUUGGCCAGGACCAAGAGAUGGAGGAAGGAGGGAAGGGAAGCAGCCAGAGGACAAGUGGAAGAGAGCAGAAUGGAGGUGAAGAGGAAGGUGGCGGGAAGAAGUCAGAGAAGAGGAGAGACCCAAAGAAAGGUGGUAACAGAAGGAAACAGAAGAGACUUGGUAGAAGAGAUAAAGAGGAAAAGAGAAGAAAUACAUGCCGGAGAGAUGCCUCACCAAGCUUCUAUUUAUCUAAUUUAAAACUUGAAAGUAAAGCCAUAAACCAAAGAAAGAAAUGUUUUCUCCUCUGCUCAGACCAUUCUGGACAAGUAUGAAGGGCCAGAAUCUUUCAAUUUCCCUUUUUUAGCAGGUUUUUUUUUUUUUUUUUUUUGCUAGUCUCUCUUUUCUAACUCUAGCUUGAUACCUUCUU